AUGCGCAUGUGCAUGUGCAUGUGCAUGUGCAUGUGCAUGCACAUGCCGCUCCUCGCCACUGCUCUCACUGCCUUGGGGCCUUCGUCUGGACGCGCUGCCCCGGCGUUUCUCAUACACCAGCAUCCGAGAGGCGCUGGCUCGGCGCUCCUCUGCGCCAAUGCCACGCUCGAAGCACCGAGGAAGCCGCGCGUGGUCACUCGCUUCUUCACGCUCCGAGUUGCGUCGCUCACCGCCGGCAUUGUCGGCGCCUUUGCAUCGGCGUUUGUGGUUGUCGAGGGCUGGCCGGUGGUCGACGCGCUCUACUUUACGGCGACCACGUUUGCAACCAUCGGCUUCGGAGACCUGAAGCCUGUGCGUCCUGCAGGGCGCCUGCUGACGAGCAUGUGCGGCGUCGCUGGUCUACUCGGCGGGCUGGUGAGCGCGACUCUGGCAGCGUGGCGCGAGGAGUUCGAGGAGGAGGAGGCUGGUGAGCGCUCCGCCGCGCCGUGGCUGCGGCCGUGGCAGGGGCUGCUCGCGCUCUUCUCGCUCGGCGUGGUCGGCUUCAAGCUGAGCGAGGAGCACCGCCCUCCGGACGAGGCGGCAGCAGCCAACCGGCUCCACUCCCCGGCGCUGUGA